UUAUCGACGCUCCAUUCACGUUGCAUAUCGUUGGAAUUAAACCAUGAUCUGCUUGCCAAUACGGCGAAGAACUCGACUUCCGGAAACAGCGGAUACUACGUCGGAGGAAGCAGCACCCUGCCACGCGGAGGCCAACUAAUGAGAGCGUACAGUCCUGCGGCGUCGUCGGUAGUCGGAGGACCCAAUGCAACGCCUACUCAACCGAAACCUCUCGCCACUCCAGAUGGUUGGAUAGGUGGUGGCGGGGUGCCGCCGGCCAAGCCGCUUCGCAGCUACCAGUGUGGUAAGAGUCCCCUUGGAAGCCUCGGGGGCUCGGCUCGCUUCUCUAGAGACAGCUCGGUCUCCCUCUAUAGUAUAGCAGAUCGAUUGCACGGGGAAAGCGGUUAUAUGAGCAGUCCAGAAAGAGGCGGAGGAGUUGGCUCUGGAACUGGCAGAUAUCCACCUGGUCCUUACAGCGCUGGCAGCAGCUACGAGGACCCGUACUAUUCGCAGUAUUCGGGAACAGUGACACCGGUCAUCGACGAGGAAGCCAGUGGGUGGUGCAGCGAUACGGAGCUGUUGGAGGAAUCGUACAGCCUUUACGGUGUGAAACCGCCAGGCCGUCCGCCAUCCGGUCCUCCGCGAUCCCCGUUUCCUCCAGGGGCACCGCCACCUUUGCCAUCCGGUGGCCAGAGCUACGACGCUACUCGGAUAAGGGUAGAACACAUGGAGAGACAGCUGGCGAACCUGACAGGUCUAGUGCAGAAGGCUCUGACCCACGCACCUCACACGAGUCCAUCGCCUCGUGAUUAUCUACAAGUUCCAGCUGGACGCGAUCCUUACGCGAGAGGACCAGGCGCCGGGGACGAGUUCGACAAACACUCUAGUUCCAGCUCUGCCUCAUUGCCAGUGUCUCAACCUGCCGUUACAGAUGACUCGUACUUAAGGACUGACGUAAAACCACCAAAGUUAGGCAAAGACAAGUCGGUGUCGUUUGAAAAGUCAGUGUCCUUCAGUGACGAGCCACCAGACAUGAAUUCCCCCAAGCAGCAUUCCCCGCAGCACGCAGCGGACACAAAACCAACAAAACCGGCGAUCAAAUCCUCCACGUUGCCGAGGAUGUCUUCGCAAGAGAGAGACAGGCACAAGCCGACACCGCCACCGAAACCGGCAGCGUUGGUAGCUGGCCAAUAUGUUUAUCGUGACAUGGCGCUGACACCGGAAAUGUACAACCAGCUGCGAGGUUUGCAGAAGAAGGCGAAGGACCUCAGGCAAGAAGUUAGGAAUCUGAGACGCAUGUCUCAGGCCCAGGCGCACACCAUACGAGAGACUAUAUUGGAUACGUUCAUCACCAUCAGGACAAUGUUGCUGUCGUGCGGCGACGCAGCUUGGGAUGCGGAGAAGAUUCGACUGAGCCGCGAGGAAGACCUCUACAGGCAGGAGAUGUUGAGGCUGGUAAAAGAUCUAACCGAGCUGGAGAACACAGUGGAGGAACUACGUGGCAACGUCAUAAACAGAAAGACAAGGGUCAAUAUGUCGGAUGUGGAGAACAUGGCCUUGAUAAUGAGCAAAUCCAGCAAAACGGUAGCGGACCUGAAGGUGCGAUUCCCGAGUCUUCAGGAAGGUAUGAAGGGUUUAUUGAGCUCUGAAAUGGAGAUGGUCGUACGAGCGGAGAAAUUCCUGAAAGAAGAGCCAGAACGAUUAGAGUCGGCGUUGAAGCGUUGCAAAAAGCUCACUAGUACCCUCGUGACGCUCAAACGUUUGGCGUCGGUGCAAGAGCAGCGAUUACCAAACGCAGCAGCGAGCGUAGACGCCGAGGAGACGCCACCGAUAACACCGACCUCUGCUCAACAUUCCAAGUAUGGCUGGAAGUGGAGUACUAACUUCAAGGAGGCCAUACAGACCAGUCACGAUUGACUAAUACUGGACGACAACAAUCGAUGCCAAAUGUAAAAGAGCCCCAAACGAGUACUGACUUGUAACACGCACAACGCACGCACAAAACGUAUAACCCAGACCGCAGGUAACU